AUGGAGGCCUGCGUGAACGACAAUCAAUUCGGGCCUCGCGUCAAUCCGCAAUGCCGUUCCUUUGACUUCACCCUCUUGUUUGAAGAUAUCUUCUUUAUCGCCCUUCCUGCAGCAGUGCUCCUCGUGCUGUUGCCAUUGCGACUCCGAUGGCUGCACCGUACAUCAGUGAAAGUCAAAACUUAUCGGUUGGCUAUUUGGAAGUUAUCACUCCUGGUAAUACUGUUUAUCUUGCAAAUUGUCUUUCUCGCCCUUCGCCUGAGGACUCCCGCCAUCCGCACCAAUGCAUCUCUGGCAGCAGGAAUUCUCAAUAUCGUCGCGACCUUUGCUGCGGCAUGUGCUUCGUUUUUGGAGGACCAGCGGUCUAUACGGCCGUCUGAUCUCUUGGUGAUUUACUUGACAAUGGCGGCCAUUUGCGCCAUAGCCCCACUGCGCUCCCUGUGGUCUAUAUCCCCUACAAGCGCUUGCACAGGGCUCUGGACGGUACUUUUCGCUAUUACCGUUGCGUGUCUUUGUGUGGAAUCGGUGCACAAGACCGGCCUUUUGCGUUUGCAAUCUUAUCACCCAACGAAAGAGCAGACUUGUGGCUUCUGGAGCCGAAGCUUAUUCAUCUGGCUACUGUCGUUUUUCCGUGUAGGCUACUCGCAUAUCCUUAGUAUGGACGAUAUCCCGGAAGUUGAUCAUGAUCUCCGAGGACAUGUAACGGGAGACAAGCUUCAGAAAGCUUGGGACAAAUCGAGGGGCAAACAUCGGUUGGUCAGGGCGUCGUUUGCGGCUUAUCGAUUCAGCUGCCUGUCAGCAAUCGCGCCACGAUUGGCUUUGUCUGCCUUCACUUUUGCCCAGCCCUUCCUCAUCACAGCAACCGUGAAUUAUAUCGACAGUCCCUCAAGCACAGAGUCCCAGAAGUACGGACAAGCCCUUGUAGGCGCGUAUGUGCUGGUAUACACAGGCUACGCGAUAUCCACCGCGGUGUACUGGCGACAAACAUUUCGCUUUAUCACUAUGCUUCGAUCUGGCCUUAUAUCAAUGAUAUACAAUCAAACCCUAGGUUUAAGGCCGGAAGAUCUCUCCGACACAGCCGCUAUUACCAUGAUGGGGACUGAUGUCGAAAGGAUUGAUUCUAGUUUGAGAGCACUUCAUGAAGCGUGGGCUUCGAUUCUGGAGGUCGCAAUUGCAAUCUGGCUAUUAGGACGCCAGAUAUGGAUCGCCUGCUUAAUUCCAUUGAUCAUCGCAGUCAUAUCAGUCGUCGCCAUGAUACCAAUCUCAACCAAGUCUGGAGAAGCUCAAACACAGUGGAUCGAUCGCGUGCAAAAACGAUUAUCUGUCGUCUCUGGGACACUGAAUGAUAUUAAAGGUGUACAUAUGCUUGGGCUUACGGAUCGUCUGUUCUUUCUCAUAUCAGAAUUGCGCAAACUGGAAGUUGAGACCUCGAAGCGAUUCCGGAAGCUCCUAAUCUGGCAGAUUGCGAUAUCCAAUGUACCGAUGGAAUUCUCCCCAUUUGCGACAUUCGCCAUCUACGCCAUUAUAUCCGUCGUGAAAAAAGACACGACCUUGCUUUCUGCGCAAGCGUUUACCUCUCUAGCUUUAAUCUCCCUUCUCACCGGCCCGCUCCUCAACUUCUGCCAAGCUAUGCCUGCUCUUGCCCAAGCCAUUUCCUGCUUUGACCGCAUUGAUGAAUAUCUUACAAUGGAUCCCCAAUCGUCCAAACGGCCAAAGUCAACCGAUUCAAUUCCUCGGCUUUCUGACGACGGAGUGGAACUACAACAGCAGCCGAGUGGUGCAUUACCCAAAGACCUGUUGGCAUCAUUCCAAGGGGCCACCAUAUCGAAGUCCCCCGAUGCCGAAGCGGUAUUCGAUCGUUUAACCCUCAAUAUUCGGCGUGGGGUGACGAUGAUUACUGGACCUGUCGGAUGUGGCAAGACAACGCUCCUAGAAAGUAUUCUGGGGGCCAGCUUCCUCAAGAGCGGGUCAACAGUGGCUUCUCUUUCACGGGCUGCAUACUGCUCGCAAGAACCGUGGAUCCAGAAUCAAACUAUACGCCAGAACAUAGUCGGACCUCAUGAGUUUGACGAAAAGUGGUUCAAAUUUACUUGUUGGGCGUGCGGUCUGGAAAGGGAUCUGCGGACAAUUUCCGAUGGGGACUCGCACAUGGCAGGAAGUAAUGGCAUCUCGCUUAGUGGAGGCCAAAAGCAACGGAUCGCAUUAGCUCGCGUAGUGUAUUCGCGACCCAAGUUUAUAAUCUUGGAUGAUCCAUUCAGUGGAUUGGACCUGAAGACGAUAGCCCUCAUCUCAAAGCGUCUUUUUGGUGUUGAGGGUUACUUUAGAGCCGAGGGUGUCUCAGUGGUCCUGGCCACUAACUCCUAUAAUCUUCUUGCACAUGCCGAUGAGGUUAUUCUCCUGGACAACGGGCAGGUUGUUGGACAGGGCACGUAUCAGCAUAUCCUUGAGCGAUCGCCGGAAAUUGCUACCACGUUACAGGACUUGCGUGAGGAUGAAUCAGCAUCAGAUAUUGCUGAUACUAAAGUCGCUGAUUCCGAGAGUCGGAGCGAGCCACCUUCUGGUGCAGGUCCUGAUAUGACGACCCACCAGGAUGCUGACUGGUCCAGGCAGCGUGGAACCUGGUCCGUCUAUCAAUACUAUUUCCACAAUGCGGGCUAUGUCUCUCUUGCUAUCUUCUCAAUUUUCGCCGUUAUAUACUCUUUCUCUUCCGUUUUUAGUACAUUAUGGCUUCAGUGGUGGGUGGAGGAGAAUGAGCGAAAGCCUAAUAGUCGAUUGGGAAUGUACAUUGGAGUCUAUGGCUUGAUAUUUUCCUUUUCUUUCGUUGGCCUUAUUGCGGCAUGCUGGAUGAUUUUCAUUCGAAUGAUGACCUCUACCUCAUUGAAUUUGCAUUCAGACCUGCUCAAGGCUGCACUGAGUGCACCUUUCGGGUUCUUCCAGACUACAGAUACGGGCUCAACGACAAAUAGAUUCGGCCAGGAUAUGGAACUGAUCGAUAUGAUGCUCCCAGUGUACGCGGUGAACUUUGUUGAAAGCGUGUUGUCUUGCUUCUUUAGGCUGAUUGUACUCUGCGUCAUUGGACGAUAUCUGGCCAGCUCCAUCCCAUUGCUCGCCCUGAUACUAUUCUGUGUCCAGGUCUACUACCUACGGACCUCUCGUCAGAUUCGCCUCCUAGACAUCGAAGCGAAGGCACCACUGUACUCGCACUUCCUGGAGACCAUCCAGGGAAUAACGACAAUUCGUGCGUUUGGCUGGGAGACUCACUUUCAAAAGGAAACAGAGACUCGAGUGAACAAUUCUCAGAAACCAGUAUAUAUGCUGUUCUGUGUACAGCAGUGGCUGACCCUUGUCCUGGAUUUGGUAGUAGGAGGGAUUGCGGUGGUGCUGGCUGCCGUGGUAACCUCGUUGAAGGGCAGCUUCAGUGCCGCGUCGAUCGGUGUCGCAUUGAACAUGCUCCUCACCUUCAAUCAAACCAUCACUCGGACCAUCAAGAUGUGGACCAUGAUGGAAAUUUCGAUCGGGGCUGUAUCUCGUGUACGGAACUUUGUGCAAGACACGCCAUCGACCAACCGUGACUUUAAUCCUGAGAGCGGUAGAAUGCCUGCCAUAGCAUGUAAGGGUGCAAUCGACUUUGAGAGUGUAUCAGCUGGCCACAGCUUUGACGAAACUCCCAUCUUGAAGGACAUAACGUUUUCCAUAAAGCCCGGGCAAAAGAUCGCAGUUUGUGGACCUUCUGGCAGUGGAAAGACAUCGUUGAUCAUGGCCCUUCUUGGUAUGAUUGAAAUAAAGGAAGGUCGGGUACUGGUAGAUGGCAGCGAUCUGUCUAGCGAGCAACAAGCCCUGCGAGGGAACAUUAGUGUCAUCCCCCAGGAGCCUCUGUUCCUACCUGGGACCGCGAGGUUCAACCUCGACCCACACCAGCGUACUGAUGAUGAGAAAAUCACAGACGCCGUGAAAGCAGUCGGUUUAUGGAGUCGCUUUUGCGCAAAAGGAGGCUUGGAUGCGGAAUUUGUCCCUUCUGACUGGUCAGUUGGCCAGAAGCAGCUGCUAGCGCUUGCCCGAACCUUGGUGCACAAGGCACCUAUCUUGCUUUUAGAUGAAGCGACUAGCAGCGUCGAUUGGGAAACGGAGACGACCAUGCAGGACAUCAUAGACAAGGAAUUCGCUUCCCAAACUAUUAUUGCGGUCUGUCAUCGCUUCCGCUUCAUCGAUCGGUUUGACCGUGUGGCGGUGAUACAGCAAGGUGAACUUGUUGAAUAUGAUAACCCAACGACUCUGUUGCAACGGGAUACGCAGUUUAGGAGGCUCUUUCGAGCCCUGCAAGAAUCGUCGGCUAGCGUGGCAUGA